AUGACCGAGGUAGCCGGCCUUGUUUUAAGUGUCGUUGCACUUUGGAAAACAUGCGUGGAGGUCUUCGAAACAGUCGAGCCCGGGCGAAACUAUGCCAUGGACUAUGAGCUUCUCCGCGUGAAGCUCGAAGUCGAGAGGAUUCGCCUUCAUAGCUGGGGCCACGCGAUCGGCCUUGGGAAUGGCGGCAAUGAGGCCUCGCCCCAGCCAGACCCGCGGCUGCAGAAAGACGAUGUGGUCAACACAGUUAUGCGGAACACGGGGCGUCUGCAAAACAUAUAUGGGCUCCAACCCUCAACUGCGGAGACCCAGAAUAUAUUUACUACAGUCCAUGGACAGGAACAGCCGACCUUGGGAGCGGUUUUCAAAAACGCCUACGAGAGCCUCAGAAGAAGUGCACGAGAGAGGCAGAAGGGAGCUCGAAUCACAACGAAGGCUAGGUGGGCGAUAAAGGAUAAGCAAAAAUUUAAGGAGUUGGUUGCUGAGAUCAAGGGCUUCAAUGACAAUCUGGAGAGUUUAUUUCCAGAGUCCCGGGACAAGAUUGCGGAGGCGAUGAUGGAAGAUGUUGAGAAGAGCGAGAAUAUCGUAAAGCUCCAGUUGCUGCAGGAUGUCACUGCAGAGGUACAUGGAGAUAUAUCUGACUGUGCAAGUGCCAGACUCGACUUCCUAGGCGCAGAGGGUACAGCAAGGACCGACCUUCUCACGGUACAAGAGGACUCGCCAGGCCACGACGGAGACAAGUACGACCUUCAGGACAAGGAAGACAGCAACCAUGGGCAAAAGGCCGAUGGUAUAGAUCGUGAAAUGACAGAGUUAGAGAACAAGAUGGAUGCAGUGAAUCUCUACUGCGAGAAGAAGUUUGAGGGAGCUCUUAGCGUGCAAGUCAUGGGGCCUUAUGAUUACUCCUCCAAGGUCACGACAUACUGCCGUUGGGAAGGUCAAGCCGCGGCAAGGGACUGGUGGUUUGAAAGGAACAAGGGUUUCGUGAAAACCUCUCAUGCAGCAUUUGCCUUGUAUAAGAGAAGAAGAUUUCGUCCUAAAAGGAAUAACGGCAAUUUCUCCUACGAUGAUUCCGAGGAAUCGUCCAUUCUAUUUGAUGUCGAAAGCCAUCCAGAAUACGAAAAUACCAGCCCAGGAACGGUAACCGUCGAAGGCUUUGGCCUAGAGGCUUGGAGUUAUGAAGCGACCAAUAAUCCUAGACAGGAGACAAUUUCCGUCAAUUACACAGCUCGUGAAGGCAUAACGGCCAAAAAGCUUCUUAGAAGAAUCGAUGAGCUCCAGCGUAAUCCCGGCAAAUUCGGAUGGGAUCCUCAUAGGGAUCUUGCUGAACUCAGAGAAUUCACGGGCACCAUGGGCCUGCUCAAUCGCAGCGAUAUAUUUUCUGACUUCGUGGGUACGUCGAGUAUCGGCCUGGAAUGGAAUAACCCCAAAAAACCUGGCGGCAUGUGGAAACUCCUCUGGCAGAUUAUUCUCGCCAAGGAAGUGAUCAGAAGAUUUGAACAUGGUCGCAAGGACGGCUGGACGUCUGGAUUCACUGAUCGUGUUUUUGCCUCGAUGAUAGUGGCGGACCGAUGGCUCAAGCACGUUGACAUUGUCCUCGCGGACCCAAAGAUUACUGAUUUAAAUGAGACGAAACCUCCGGCAAAGGAGCUGAAGGCCAAGGCUGAGGACUUCAAGAAGCAAGGUAACGCAGCAUUUGCGAAACAUGACUAUGAGGAAGCCAUCAAGCUCUAUACCGAGGCCAUAGUGAUCGAUCCUCGCGACGCCUAUAUAGCAGCAACAGCCUUCAAACUUGGAUUAGUGAAAAGAGCGAUCGACGCAUACGAAACCGCUAUCGCAGUAGCCGGAAAAGAUGCCACUGAUGCAAUGAGACAGGGUCUUGCUGAGGCGAAGGCAAAGAACGAAGCCGACUUAAACGCCAUUGACCAAGAGAACGAUAUGAAAAAGCGCGAGGUUCUUCGAAAAGAAUAUCUCGAACAGGAUUUUGAGAUAUUUGGGAAAUCCAUCGAGAUUCACUCGCGCCUCCAUGAGCAACAAGUAGAGGGAUUACUUUACUUCGCCCAAAAGAUCAAGUGGCCAUGGAUCAACGAGGUUCGGGACUACUGUGAAGAGGCCUAUAGUAACUUGCGAGGUGGUGAAAAGCUCCCAAUUGAUCUGCACGACUGGCUUUUCGGCAUGAUACUGCCCGGCAAAUGGUUUUCAUUCAAGAUAAUGGCCGCUCUGGUUCUCAGCACCGCGUCAAUCAAAGAGGGACUUGGGGUCGCUCGGUACUACGACUGUGGUUUGGCAUUGCCGCAAAAGUCUUAUUGGCGCAUCCGGACAGUGCUUGGCCGAGUGUUAGGCUGCACCCCAGGGGUCAUUUCUGUCUGCGGAUGGAUCGGGCCCUGUCCGCCAGUCGAGUUCAUCCCGCCCCUUUCAGAAAAUAAGCCUUGCUACGUCCGUCUUAAGGCACGGCAAUUGAGUCUGGUGGAAUACAAGACGUCCCUAGACGGCGAGCCAAUUUACAUUGCCGGAUCAAGAUACUCGCACGAAGAGAUAAGGAUUCGGCCAGACGAGGAAGUUGAGCCAUGGGCAUCAGAGAUACAGGAUGCCAGCAACUGGGUGGUGCCAAAACCACCCGUGAAACAAGCUAGUACAUGUGAGAUGAAGGCAAUUCAGCUGAAGAAAGAUAUAUCUUCGAGGGAGAACGACGAGGAUGGUCAAGCUGUCUACCGAGCGCAACUGGUUUUUAAGAUGGAUGACAGCGACUCACUGAUCAUGUACAAGCUCUUCACAAAUCCUGUCUUUGUCACGCUGCCAUAUUGCGAACCAGGGCCUAAAGGUGGGCAUGAGGUGCAUUUGAGAGAACUUCACCGAUACGAAGAGAAAAAGAUAUGGACCGUUGAAGGGCUCAAAGACCACACACCCGAGGAUACGGAGGAGACAGAUGUUAUGAUUAUUAAUGCCACAGGAAAAGGAGCAGAGCUGCCCGCUCGAGCCUGGUGUUCGGAGAGAGGAAAGAACGCAGUGAUUCGAAGGGCGGGAGGCCCUUGUUUUGUCUGUGCAGAGCGAGCCGCGAGCUCCACUGCGCUAGGAACUGGGGUUCUGAUAUGGGUCUCUUGA